GGUGGGUGACGCUCAGACCCGGGCGCAGGCGUCCUCCUCUCCCUUCCAUCCUGCUUCCUCAACUCUGGAGCUCGGUGGGGCUCGGGCGGGUCUGGGCUGUGGCGGCGCUGGCGGCGGCGAUAGUGACAGUGACGGCCUGAGACCCGGCCGGAAAUGGCGAUGGCGAUGUCGGACAGUGGGGCGAGUCGCCUGCGGCGGCAGCUGGAAUCCGGGGGCUUUGAGGCGCGGCUGUACGUGAAGCAGCUCUCGCAGCAGUCGGACGGGGACCGGGACCUGCAGGAGCACCGGCAGCGCAUCCAGGCGUUGGCGGAGGAGACGGCGCAGAACCUGAAGCGCAACGUCUACCAGAACUACCGGCAGUUCAUAGAGACCGCCCGCGAGAUCUCCUACCUGGAGAGCGAGAUGUACCAGCUCAGCCAUCUGCUGACGGAGCAGAAGAGCAGCCUCGAGAGCAUCCCGCUUACCCUGCUGCCGGCUGCCGCCGCCGCCGCCGGGGCUGCCGCGGCCUCCGGAGGGGAGGAAGGAGGCGGGGGCGCGGGGGGCCGAGACCAUCUCCGGGGCCAGGCCGGUUUCUUCCCCCUCCCGGGGGUCGCCUCCCGCGACGGUGCCGGUCCGGGCGAGGAAGGGAAGCAGCGCACGCUCACCACCCUGCUUGAGAAGGUGGAAGGCUGCAGGCACCUGCUCGAGACGCCGGGGCAGUACCUAGUGUACAACGGGGACCUGGUGGAAUACGAGGCGGACCACAUGGCCCAGCUGCAGCGGGUGCACGGCUUCCUCAUGAACGACUGUUUGCUCGUAGCCACUUGGCUGCCACAGCGGCGGGGGAUGUAUCGCUACAAUGCCCUUUAUCCUCUAGAUGGCUUGGCCGUGGUCAAUGUCAAGGACAACCCGCCCAUGAAGGACAUGUUCAAGCUGCUCAUGUUCCCCGAGAGCCGUAUUUUUCAGGCGGAAAAUGCUAAAAUCAAGCGAGAGUGGCUGGAAGUGCUGGAGGAAACCAAGAGGGCCCUCAGUGAAAAAAGGCGGAGGGAGCAGGAGGAAGCAGCGGCCCCUCGAGGGCCACCCCAGGUGACCUGCAAGGCUAGUAACCCGUUUGAGGAUGAAGAAGAUGACACACCAGCUGCUCCGGAGGUAGAAGAAGAGAAGGUGGACCUCUCAAUGGAAUGGAUCCAGGAGUUACCUGAAGAUCUGGAUGUCUGCAUUGCCCAGAGGGACUUUGAGGGGGCCGUCGACCUGCUGGAUAAGUUGAACCAUUAUCUAGAGGAUAAGCCCAGUCCACCUCCAGUAAAAGAACUAAGGGCCAAAGUGGAUGAGCGUGUCCGACAGCUCACUGAAGUGCUAGUGUUUGAACUCUCUCCAGAUCGGUCCCUGAGAGGUGGUCCCAAGGCCACCCGCAGGGCAGUUUCUCAACUAAUUCGACUUGGCCAGUGCACAAAGGCUUGUGAGCUGUUUUUGAGAAAUAGGGCAGCAGCUGUGCAUACUGCGAUAAGGCAACUUCGCAUUGAAGGUGCCACUUUGCUUUACAUUCAUAAGCUCUGCCAUGUCUUCUUUACCAGCCUUCUCGAGACUGCCAGGGAAUUUGAGACCGAUUUUGCAGGCACUGACAGUGGAUGCUACUCUGCCUUUGUGGUCUGGGCAAGAUCAGCUAUGGGCAUGUUUGUGGAUGCUUUCAGCAAGCAAGUGUUUGACAGUAAGGAGAGUCUCUCUACAGCAGCGGAAUGUGUAAAGGUGGCAAAAGAGCAUUGUCAGCAACUGGGCGACAUUGGACUAGACCUCACUUUCAUCAUCCAUGCCCUGCUGGUGAAAGACAUCCAAGGGGCUUUGCACAGUUACAAGGAGAUCAUUAUUGAAGCCACAAAACAUCGCAAUUCAGAGGAGAUGUGGAGGAGGAUGAACUUGAUGACUCCAGAGGCCUUGGGUAAACUCAAAGAGGAGAUGAAGAGUUGCGGGGUGAGUAACUUUGAGCAGUAUACGGGGGAUGACUGUUGGGUGAACCUGAGUUACACAGUGGUUGCUUUCACCAAACAGACUAUGGGCUUCUUGGAAGAGGCACUGAAGCUGUAUUUCCCGGAGCUGCACAUGGUACUUUUGGAGAGUCUGGUGGAAAUCAUUUUGGUUGCUGUUCAGCAUGUGGAUUAUAGUCUUCGGUGUGAGCAGGAUCCAGAGAAGAAGGCUUUUAUCAGACAGAACGCAUCCUUUCUGUAUGAAACAGUCCUCCCUGUAGUGGAAAAAAGGUUUGAAGAAGGUGUGGGGAAACCGGCAAAGCAACUUCAAGACCUGAGAAAUGCAUCUAGACUUAUUCGUGUGAAUCCGGAGAGUACAACGUCCGUGGUCUGAUGCUUGGACCUGUUGAUGUGUAUACAUAUGUAUUGCUCAUGUAUUAUUUAUAUUUAUAUUUCAUUAGCAUAUUCUUCAGAGCCUCAAGCACAACUUUAAAAUAAAAGAUGCCCAUUGAGAAAGGCAAAGUCGAAAAGAGGAAAAAGAAGUGUUGUAAAGCCCAAAUAACAAAAACAUUGGAACUAUUAAAACAUGUACUAUGCUUUCCUUUUAAAUUAUGCCAACUCUAAUGAAUCUGUUGUCACAAUAUAGCAUUUCAACUUAUCUUUUGAGUCAGUACUCACUUUCUCACAAUAUAUAUUAUGCAGCACAGAGAAAUGUUAGUAUCUAUAAAAACAUAGUGUUUGUGUGGUGUGAAGUUUCCUGAUUGACUAAAUCAUUAGGUUUUUAAAUGUUUCAUUGCCAUGUGAAACACCCUGCCUCAUGUACUUGCCCACCUUAAAACAUAAUGGAACAAUUUAGGGAAGAAAAGGGAGUUAGGAAAAUUGACUUCAGGGUAAGUCUUGGUGGAAAGCAUUCCUGUUUGAAACUGGCUAGUGUGCAGCCUCAAAUAUUCUAUCCUUAUGCAAGAGGAAGCAACAGUUCUGCAAAUGUUUCCAACAUAGUUUGAAUGGCUAAUUUUCAAUGGUUAAUUUGUGGUUUUAGGAUAUUUGAUUUGGAACAUUUCCUUGAAAAUCUUAAGGAUUGUGAUAAUUGUUUAGAUCCUCUCCCACUUUCAAUGUAGAUUAGUGACUCAGACUUCCUGCAAGUGAGAGAACAGUUUUCUUUAAAAUACUUUUUAGAUUUCAGAUUCUGGCUGCAUAUUGUUCUGAAGGAUGGUUGUUUUGAGCAGAGAUUUGUUUUUUGUUUUUUGGUUUUUUUGCAACAAAAUAGAGAAAAUUUAGACAUUGUACCCCAAGCAAAGGGAGGGAAAGAGCCUUUGGAGACUCUUAUUAAAUGCUUCAUGCUGCAUUUUUCUUUAUUUUUCUUGCUUUGUUUUUAAGGUGACCAUGUGCUUACUUCAGAUUGUUUAGUAAAACAAAAAUUACUAAAGAAAUUUAAGCUUCCCGAGGCUUCUAAACUAUUGUUUCUAUUGUAUCUCGAUAAAACAUUCCACUACUUUAAGAAAAAUCAUCUUAGCUAAGAUCCAUUUUUCCCCUAGUUUAUAGUUGUGUUUCUUGUCCAUAAGUGCCAUUUCUAAUGCAAUGACUUCAAAAGAUCAUUCCCUUUAUUUGAACAGAAGUAGUGGUGUUAAGAUUGGGAAUUAUGCAAAACCUAAAAUAGCUUCCAAAUAGUGGCUUAAGGUUGUAAAGCUCCAUGACUUAAUUACCUUCCAGAUAAAACCUUAUUUUAAGCAGUGCAUAUUUAGAAGAUUGAAAAUUAUCAAAAUUAUAGAUUUUCUUUGACUAUUUUUUUUUCAUACAACUUAACAAUUUUCUAGAUAACAACCAUAACUGGAUAUCACUGCUAAUCAAAAACAGUUAUAAUUUGUCUUUUUUAAGAUCACUGGAAACUUGAAUUUUGAUCAAAAUUUUCUAUUUUGUGCUUCUUAUAGUUUCUGAAAUUACAUUGUAUUUGAAACAGGUGUUGUGUAUAUAUUUGAUGCUGGGUCCAUGAACUGAUACUUCUGAAAUCAAAGCUUCUCAAGGCAUGAAGUUGUAAAAACUUAAAUGUGUGUACUCAAAUAUUUAAACGGUUGCUUCUUCAUAGUAUUAUCUGCUUUUGAAAACUGGAAGUACAAAAUUUUCUUCUGUUAAAAUUUGUGUGGUCUUUAAAGUUGUCGCUGAAGGAUAUGCUUUUGAUGAAUCAGUUAGUGUGGGGAAUUGAUUAACAACCACCUAUGUUAUUAAUGUACCUCUGUGCGAAGACAGAGCAAUUACAUUGCCUUCCUCAAAGUGCAGUUGAGCGCUUCUCUAAUUCUUGUUUAAUUAGACUCCAAGUUCUAAAACUUGAAUGCAGUUAGAAAUUGUCCAAAUAUAGUACAUAUGCUAAUAAACCACUUGAAGGUUGAUUUGUUGUUUGCUUGAAACAUAACACUAUCACUUGAGCUUGGAAUCACAGACUUGAUUGGAUUAAUUGCUGUUGUAAAAAGACACCCUGUGGAAUUACGUCUGUUUUUGAUUAAAGCCUCAUUUUAUGUAAGUGCUGAAAACUCAGUAAUUUUUAUUUAAAAUACUACCUGUCGUUAAAUUUAUCACCAGUUUUAUUUUGCAACUUGCUUACCUAGGAUUGGGAAGUUGGCAUUUGACAUGUAGUAUAAAAUCAGUAUAUGUACAUUUCUCUUAUUGUUCCACUGUGAUAUGAGGGAAUCUAAAAUGUUUUAUCAAAAUAAAGCUUAAAACUUUUUUACACUGGAUAAAAUUGAUUGAUAUUACAGUGUUUCAUUUCUAUUAAGAGUUUAAUGUUCUAUUCUUAUUAUUGAAAUAUGUUUUGAAAAGCUUUAGGCUUGGGCCUCCCUGGUGGGCAGCGGUUGAGCACUGGGUUGCGAAGCUGCCCGCAGCCUCUGCAGUGCCGGUUCGAUCCCCAGCUGUUCCCCGGCCACCGGAGGAGGGUCCCACAUGGCACGCAAACCUCUCCUGCCGCCCGCUGCUCCCCUCAGCAGUGUACUUCGUCAGUCUGCCUGUUCUGCUCUCCGCUCUGGCUCUGGUGAAUUCUCUCACCCUCCUGCGCUUCUGACUGUACCCAGUGCUUGUAUAUAUAAAUAAAUAAAUAAAUCUUUAAAAAAAACCCCAAAAAACAUGAAU